AUGACCCUACGUCAAUUAGCAUUGGAUAUCGUGGAGCACAGUAAAUUUUGCGAAUGUGGCCUUGAAGGAGGAUUCAACCGGAUCAUUGAAGAUCAAUCUCUAACUGCUGGUCAGGUAUUGGCUUGA